UGCGAUGCUGGUUACUUCUGUGAAGGAGGAAAUGCGAGGCCCGCGCCUUGCCCCGAAGGCUUCUUCUGUGCUGCAGGAGCUCAUUCACCGACCAAGUGCCCCCUGGGUCACUACUGCGAGAAGCAGGCCAAGGCUCCGCAGGCUUGUCCAGCAGGGUUCUACUGCGAGAAGCAGGCCAAGGCCCCUGUAAGAUGCCCCAAGGGCUUCUUCUGUGUUCGAGGAGCCUCCAAGCCUGAGCCUUGC